GCGGCGGGCGCGGCGGGGCGGGAGGCUGGCCCUCCCGCAGGCUCUAACAAGCCUGGGUUCGAGUCCGGGCUCGGCCCGUUGGCCUCGGAUUGGUCACUGCCCUCUCUGGCCUGCAUGUCUUCGUCUUUAAGUAGGCGGGAUAAUGCCCGCCUGGAGGCCUGGCCCUGUGGGGCCUGUCGGGGUGCCUCGUUCCAUUACAUCCCAGCGCCCGGGAGACCUGCCUGCCUUGGCAGCGUCGGGAGCCGUAGCUAGGCCGGCGGCCCCCACACCCGAGUUCACUUUUCGGCCCUUUCACGCACUGCAGGUGUGACCUUGGGAUGGAACCAGGCGAGGAGCUGGAGGACGAAGAUUCUCCAGGUGGUCGUGAAGAUGGCUUCACUGCUGAGCACCUGGCCGCAGAGGCCAUGGCAGCUGACAUGGACCCCUGGCUGGUGUUUGAUGCCCGAACCACACCUGCCACGGAGCUGGAUGCCUGGUUGGCCAAGUACCCACCAUCCCAGGUUACCCGUUAUGGGGACCCUGGUUCUCCCAACUCUGAGCCCGUGGGCUGGAUUGCAGCAUAUGGGCAGGGCUAUGUCCCCAACUCAGGCGACGUGCAGGGCCUGCAGGCAGCCUGGGAGGCUCUGCAGACCAGCGGGCGCCCUGUCACACCAGGUACCCUGCGCCAGCUGGCCAUCACCCACCACGUGCUCUCGGGCAAAUGGCUGAUACACCUGGCACCUGGCUUCAAGCUGGAUCACGCCUGGGCUGGCAUUGCUCGAGCCGUGGUCGAGGGCCGGCUUCAGGUAGCCAAGGUGAGCCCACGGGCCAAGGAGGGUGGGCGGCAGGUCAUCUGUGUUUAUACGGACGACUUCACGGACCGCUUGGGUGUACUGGAGGCAGAUGCCGCCAUCCGCGCGGCAGGCAUUAAGUGUCUGCUCACCUACAAGCCUGACGUCUACACCUACCUGGGUAUCUACCGGGCCAACCGCUGGCACCUCUGCCCCACUCUCUAUGAGAGCCGUUUCCAGCUGGGAGGCAGCGCCCGUGGCUCCCGGGUGCUGGACCGCGCCAACAACGUGGAGCUGACCUAGUGGGACCAAAUGGAAGAGACCACCCACUGCCUCCCCUGCGGGGGAUGGAUCCUCUCAUCUUCCCCCUCCUCGUCCCAAGGAGGCCAAGCCCCCCAGCUCUGAGGACUAGGUUACUCGGAAACUGCCUGCAUCUUCGGUCCCUUUGAACUUCGGUCCUGUGUUCAAGGCUGACUUGAGUCCCCACUGGCUGGAGGCUCUGGCUCCCUGAGGGCCGGACCCUCAGCCUCUCUUUUCCGCUGCUCCCCCCUGCCGUCCAGGACCACGGGCUGGGUGCAGACGCCAGGAGGAGAGCCUUCCUUGGCCGCUCCCUUCCCUGGCUCUUCCCUCCUCCUGCAUCCUCCCCUUCUCUCCCUCCCUCACAAGAGAGACAGCCUCGUGCUUCCAUCCCUCUCCCUGGAGCCUUCACGGUCUAGGGGCAGAGGCCCCCGCAGGCCUGAGCAUGCCAUUUUGUUGGGGACGGGUGAUUGUUCCCACUCAGCACCUGGCAGAGAGAGGGGGCCGGGGCCAUGGACAUGGGGCCUGCCCCUCCCUGCCACCUCAGAGCCCCCACCACCUUCCCUCUUUCUUUGGCUACCUUAUCAUGUGCCUGCUUCUGGCAUUUCAAUAAAACCCAACUUGGGUCUGUGUCUUGAGUGUUUAAAA